CAUUAGCUUUUACAUUCAUAAUAAUGAUUUCUAAAAUUCUUUCAAACUCUGAGAAAGUGUUUGAUUUUGUUGUGAAUGAAGGACAUGGAGUUAAGGGCCUAUGUGAUAUAGGAAUUCAAGCACUUCCCAAACAAUAUAUUCAACCACUCGAGGAACGAAUCACUACGAGCAUUGUAAGAACCGAUAAUUCAAUCCCAUUAAUUGACGCAUCCAAUUGGGAUGAUCCAAAAGUGGCUGAUCAAAUUUGCAAAGCACCACAAAGCUGGGGGUUCUUUCAAGUUAUCAAUCAUGGUGUUCCGAUUGAAAUUCUUGACAAUAUAAAAGAGACGAUCCAUCGUUUCUUCAAUUUACCAACUAAUGAAAAAAAGAAGUAUAUAAAUUCACUUUCAAGUAAUGUGAGGUACGCAACGAGCUUUAAUCCUGAAGCUGAGAAGACAUUGAGCUGGAGAGAUUAUUAUUCUCUUGUCCAUGUUUCUGAUGAUGAAGCUACUUCAUUUUGGCCUACUUCUUGCAGGAAAGAAGCACUUGAGUACUUGAAGAGUUGUGAUACUGUUAUAAGGAAGAUUUUGAAGUUGCUAAUGGGAGGAUUGAAUGUAAAAGAGAUAGAUAAAGAAACAGAGGAACUUUUAAUGGGUUUAAAGCGAAUUAACUUUAAUUACUAUCCAAAAUGUCCCAAUCCGGAGCUUUCAAUUGGAGUAGGACGUCAUUCUGAUAUCUCAACAAUCACUCUUCUUCUUCAAGAUGAUAUCGGUGGUCUCUAUGUGAAAAAACACGAGACUAAUGUUUGGAUUCAUAUCCCUCCGGUUAAGGGAGCUCUAGUAAUCAAUAUUGGUGAUGCACUUCAAAUAAUGAGCAAUGACAAAUACAAGAGUGUAGAACAUUGUAUGAUUGCUAAUGGGAGCCACAAUAGGGUUUCUGUACCCAUCUUCUUGCAUCCAAAGGCUACAAGUGUUAUUGGUCCUUUAAAAGAAGUGCUACAGAAUGGAGAGAACCAUUACAAGAAAAUUCUUUAUGGAGAUUACACCAACAUCUUCUUCAGCAAAGGUCAUGAUGGGAAGGACACAAUAAAAUUUGCUAAGAUAUAG